AUGACAUCGAGAAAGCUCGCAGAGAGCCUAGCAGGUCUGCUAGCACGGCGAACAAGGUCGAAGCCCAGCACGGCGUUUCGUGUCCACCAACCAACAUCAGCAUCAUCAUUUUCGAGCACUCGGUCCGCUCCAGCUCGCGGCACAGAGUUCCUACAGUUGCACGACCCGGACCUGACCGAGUCGCAACGUACCGUACGUGAAGCAAUUGGCAAAGUCUGCGCCAAAUUCGACGACACCUACUGGCUCCAAGCGGACGAGGAGCACCGCUUCCCCAGUGAAUUCCACCGAGCCUUAGCCCAAGACGGCUGGCUGGGCAUCUGCAUGCCAGCGGCAUACGGCGGGAGCGAGCUCGGCAUCGCCGAAGCCGCAGUCAUGGUGCAGACGAUUGCAGAGAGCGGCGCUGCCUACGCGGGAGCGAGUGCGGUGCAUAUGAACAUCUUCGGGCUCGAACCUGUGCGCAAGUUCGGGACCGAGGAGCAGAAACGGCGAAUGCUGGUGCCGCUGAUCGCAGGUCGAGAGCGGGCAUGCUUUGGCGUCACGGAGCCCAACACCGGCCUGGACACUCUCAGGCUACAGUCCCGCGCGGUCCGGGAUGGCGACCAUUAUGUGCUGAGCGGGCAGAAGAUCUGGAUCUCGACGGCGCAAGUGGCCGAGAAGAUCUUGAUUCUCGCGCGCACCACCCCACUCGAAGAAGUCAAGAAACCCAGCCAGGGGCUGAGCCUGUUCUAUACCGAUCUCGAUCGGACACAGGUGCAUGUCACGGAGAUCCCCAAGAUGGGCCGCGCAGCCGUGGACUCCAACACGCUGUUCUUUGAUGGCUGGAGAGUCCCGAAAGAAGACUUGAUCGGUGAUGAGAACAACGGGUUCAAAAUGAUCAUGCAUGGCAUGAAUGCUGAGAGAAUCCUGAUCGCCGCUGAAGCACUGGGGAUCGGCUUUGCUGCGUUGCGACGUGCGGUGUUGUACGCUGGAGAACGAAAAGUCUUUGGACGUCCUAUCGGCCAGAACCAGGCGGUUCAGCAUCCCCUGGCUGACAGCUGGAUGCAGCUUGAAGCGGCGAGGCUGGUCAUCUACCAAGCUGCCCGAAUGUACGAUGCCGGGCACGAGACCGGAGAGUAUGCCAAUGCCGCCAAGUAUCUGGCUGCCGAAGCUGCUUUCCAGGCAUGCGAAAGAGCCGUCAUGAUCCACGGUGGCAUGGGAUAUGCAAAGGAAUAUCAUGUCGAGAGAUAUUUUCGGGAAAUCAUGAUUCCGAGGAUCGCGCCAGUCAGUCGCGAAAUGAUCCGCAACUAUAUUGGUGAAAGAGUGCUGGGGUUGCCUAGGUCAUACUAA